AUGAUCGUUGCGCAUGCGAACGAAACGAACAACCGUCCACGGCUGAGUCCUGCGCACACUGCGCACCCCUUUGUGUUCAUACUAAAAACCGACAAAUCUCGGAUCGAGCCGCGCAUGAGUUGUAUCGCUCGGAGCGUGCGCGACCCAGGCGCAGUUCGUGUGCGCGAGGCGUCCACACUGGGAAUCCUCCAUGAUCGUCCCACUGCAAGGCAAAGGUGGUCACGCCUUCCGCCACCUAGUGUGUCACGCGUGCCACAAUCUGUAGUAAUGCCUCUGUCGGCGGCACACCUGACGCUGUCGACGUACCCGGUAUACCCGACAGGGCCAGGGUACCUGCCGCUGCCUCUACGCCAUGGAGAUGUUCAAGUUUCCUCAGGUGGUAGUUCAGGCUACCAUUCGUUAAGUACGCGGUCAUCGUCACCCCCGCCUGGCCCACCCGCCACCAGCCCUGCACCGGAGAUAUCGGCAGAGCUGGAUCCAGACUAUCACCGUUACGUUGAGGCUGCCAUGGCUGCCAUAAAAGAUCACCAAGGUGGCACUUUAGUCGGAAGCAAUCCGAACAUGCGUCGCGCUGUGCGGUCGCAAGCGCACGCCGGCACCGCGGCGGAAGACGACGCCUACCGACGCACGCGCGAGAAGAACAACGCGGCGGCGAAGAAGAGCCGCGACCGGCGGAAGCUGCGCGAGGUAGAACUGUCGGUGGAGGUGUCGUACCUGAAGCAGCAGCUGGCGGCGCUCAAGGCGACGCUGCGCUCCCGCGCCUGCACACGCUGCCGCCGCUCCAGUCUGUGCUAGUGCGGACCACCAGCACACACACACACACACACACACAUACACACAGCUGUGAUACACAAUGUUCCUGAUUUAAGUGAAAUGGUCGUAAGACUUUAAGCUAUUGACGUGCAAUUUAUUAAAUAGUAAAUAAAUAUAGGUAAUUUCGGGUUU